AAAAGAAAAAAGAAAAAAGAAAAAGACAGACCCUCACUUUCACUUCCUCGCUCUGUCUCUCUCUCUCUCUCUCUCUCUCUCUCUCUUUCUUCCCUCUUUUGUCCGUAUAUGCCCUUUCCCUCUAGUUUGAACUGAACUGAAAACACUCAACCUAUCCAUGGACAACAAUACUGCAGCUUCUGCCUCGUCUGGGGCCCGGCCAGAACUCAAACCCAAGCCCACUCCCUCGCCAAAGCCUAUUCCAACAACACUCUCUGGGAAACUACGGGCUAAGCUGCCUAGUCGUGGUUGGAUGAUCUUCUGGGGCACCAUCGGUUCCAUCGGAGCUCUGGUCACUCGUGAUCAUUACUUGACUGUGGCUGCAAAGAAACGUGUUGCAGACAAGGUGGAUGUCUUGGCAAAACAACCAUGUGGCGUUCAAGAGAUGCCUCGUAAGGUCACUGUUUACAUCAUGCCACCCCCUGGAGAUGGCAUUCACAAAACUCGUCAUUACUUUAAGCAAUUUGUCAAGCCUGUUUUCGAUGCUGCUGCAUUGGAUUAUGAGGUCAAGGAGGGCAUGACAGAGGGUCAGAUUCGAUCAAUGGUGGCUGCAGAUGUCCGAAAGAAACGUCAGAUCGCAGCAGGAAAGAGAUCAGAGUUGACAGAACAAGAACAGAGUGCACCCAUUGUUCCCCUCAAAUCGGUCUCGGAUGGCAUCGUUGUCUUGGGUAGAAUUGCGUUAGCUGAAGUCCUCAAGGGAUACAAUGAUGGAUGUCUUCAGAGCCUUGAUGACCCUGAACCAGUUGCUAUGUCUGAAAUGAUCAAGGAAGAUGAUACAAAGUCAAUAACUCCAGCUCAGGAAGCCACUUUACUCGCAACAGAGGCCACAGGAUCUACAGAGUCAACAUCAACAACAACAGUAACAACAGACAAUAUCGAUACAACAUCCUCAACAGCAACCUCAACAGAACCAGCAAUAGAGACAUCAAAAGAUGAAGAGACUCUUUCACCAGCUGCAACUGAGGCUGUAGCCAAGGCAGCUGCGGCUGCGGCUGCAGAUGUAGCAGCAUCCUCUGUCACGAUCCCACAAGAUGAGGCCUACUUCUCAGUACCACCUUCGGGACUUGAACCUAUCGGAUACAUUCCCUUCAAAAACUUGGUUGGAUUCCGUAACUUCCCCAAGAAACUGUUUGCACUUUUCAAUUCGUAUGAUUGUGUUGAAUAUGCUGGAGGUGCAGUGAUGAAAGUUGCAUUUGCAGAGACGAAGGAGAUGGACAAGGAUGAUUUGGAUUUGGGACGAGAUGAGGAGCCCUUGUUCCAAAAGUAUAGGGGACCUGUGGAGAUUGAUAUUUUGGAUCGAGUACGAGAGCAGGUCAAACUCUUUGUUACACCCACACAUAUUCCCGAACCAAGAAUGGUGGCUGCAGACGAGGAAGAAGUGACGACAAUGAACUGAACCUGAGUUAAUGCCACCGUAUUUUUUUUUUAUUUUUUUUCCUCUUCUGC